UACUAGGUGAAUUGUAAAUUUCUGCUGCUCAUGCUCAAAAAUAAACUACUUCAAUAUUUUAAUUUUGAUCAGCAGGUUGAAUCCUUGAACUCGUUCGUACAAUACGAUGACCCGGACCGCAACUAUCGCGUCAUCGUUUUCUUGGAGGGGGACGUCUCAUACGUGGCUAAGGUGCCCAACAUUCGCGUUCGCCAGCGCAUAUAUAAUAGGCCACUGAGUAUGGUAUUAUUCUCACUUUCGAGUCAAUCAUGUUCCCCGCUGCAUCCUUGUUGAUAACUCUCCUCCUGGCUUUGUCAAUUGCGGCAUCGCUCAUUGAAGUUCGCAAUUCCCCCGUCACCCUCCCCAUCGCCAGGAGGCUAAACACCUCCAAUGGUCCCAUCAACCUGUUGCAGCGUGAUAAAGCUCGUGCGGCUGCCAUCAAGGGCCGCUCCUUCAGCACGCUCGACCGUCGUACUGGUAGCACUCCUGUGACCAACGAUGAAGCUGUCUCCUACAUCGCAGCGGUUAGCGUUGGGAGCCCUGCCACAACCUACAACUUGAUUGUUGACACCGGUAGCUCGAACACUUGGGUUGGUGCCACCACUGCGUACGCGAAGACCAAAACCAGCGUCAACACUGGUCAGCCAGUGGCGGUUGGCUAUGGUUCUGGUAAUUUCUCAGGAACUGAGUACACCGACACUGUCUCUCUCGGUAGUGGGCUCACCAUUACCAAGCAAUCCAUCGGUGUUUCUUCUCCUUCUUUGGCGUCCGGCUUCAGCGGUGUUGACGGCAUCCUUGGUCUCGGGCCUCUCGACUUAACAUAUGGUACCCUGACAAAUAAACCGGAUGCGACAAUCCCAACCGUCACUCAGAACCUACACAGCCAGGGCAUCAUUUCUCAAAUUGUCGUCGGUAUCUCAUUCGAGCCCACCACUUCAGUGACGGUCACCAAUGGAGAGCUCACCUUCGGUGGAACUGAUGCCACCAAGUACACCGGCUCCAUUGCAUAUACUCCGAUCACCACCACAUCCCCUGCUUCCGAAUACUGGGGUAUCAACGAGAGCAUCACAUACGGCUCCACGACAAUCUUGUCUGCGACGGCUGGUAUCGUUGACACUGGCACCACCCUCAUCUACAUUGCCACCGACGCCUUCAAAAGGUACCAGUCUGCAACCGGCUCUACUUUGGAUGAGGCGACUGGUUUUCUCCGUAUUACCUCAUCCCAGUACAAAACCCUCAAAAACCUGAACUUCAAAAUUGGCAGCAACACCUACGUUCUAACCCCUAACGGCCAGAUUUGGCCUCGUUCCCUCAACACAUACGUUGGCGGUAGUAGCAGUGCCGUCUAUCUCAUUGUGAAUGACAUUGGCACGCCCAGCGGUGAAGGUCUCGACUUUAUCAACGGCUACGCAUUCCUCGAGCGCUUCUACUCCGUAUAUGAUACCACCAACUCCCGCGUCGGUUUUGCCACCACAAAAUACACUGAUGCCACCACCAACUAAGGUGGAAUUGGGAUUUCCUGCCCAACUAUAGUACAUAGGAAAUAAAAUAUAUUGUUCUUACGCGCCGACUUCUGGAAGCAUUUCGGGACCUGACAGUCCAACAGCCAGCAAUAACACUACUCUUUGACAAUGGCGC